AUGAUGGAACUCACGCGCGGGACGUUAUCGAGCUUUGUGCGCGAGCCGAUCAGCGAUUCGAUCUCGAACUCGAGCCUGAAGUCGGGACUGAACGAAAACAUCAGGCCGACGGAGUUAUCUGUUGCGUCGGACUCGUCUGCGCUGCUGAUCAGUGAGACCGUUAAACAGCCCGAGAACCGCACGAUCGACACAGACAGCUUGAUUGGCAGAGAGGCCGCUAGCGGUUUGGGCUGGUUGAUCAGCAGUUUGGUCUCCACUCCCAAGGUGAGCGUAUCUGCAACGUCCACGUCGAUUUUACCCUCCAGACGGCCGUCUGUAUUUUUGAUGCGACAGUUGCUGAAGAUCGGGAAGUCGUUCCCAAUGCUGAUCUCCGUGAUGACGAUUUUGUCCAAAAAGUCUGGGAUCAGACUUGAGCUGAAGAUCUCGUUCAGGGACUGGUGUAUAUUGUUGUUAUUAAGAGCCUCGUUUCUGAACUGCGAAAUAAGUUGCGCCACAAGAACGUUGAACCAAUCCAACGAUUCUGGCUGA